AGGUUACUGACAUGGCAUUAUCUAGGGUAAACUACGAGAGUGAUAUCUGCAACGAUUUCACAAAAUGUUCCAUUUGCUUUGAAGAUUUUAAAUCGCCAAAAUGUCUUCCGUGUUCCCAUUCGUUUUGUCAUGUGUGCUUAAAGAACCACAUAGAGUCUUCGUGUCUUUCAAAACAUUCGCCCGUGGGGUUCUCUUGUCCCCUCUGUCGGGACUUCAUUCCGGCUGAAAACAUUUUAGCAGAGUUAAAAGAUUGGGCGAACGAUUUUCCAACUAAUGACAGACUUGGAAAUAUAUCUCAAGCUUCGCAGGGAAACCUUUGUGAUGGUUGUCAAAGAGAUGGAGAAGAAGAAGAAGCAAAGCAGUUUUGUUUGAUGUGUAAAGAAAAACUGUGCGGUAUGUGCGUCAAAUAUCACAGGCGUUUAGUUGUCACAAAAGAUCAUGAAGUUUUGUCAAUGGACGAAUUAAAGAAGUCUCCCAUCGUCAUGGAAACAAGAAAAUCAUGUUAUACACAUGCAGAGGAAAUUAUUAGAUAUUACUGCCAAGACCACUCCAUUCCGUGUUGCACAGUGUGUAUUUGCACCGGACAUAGAAAAUGUGACAACAUUGAAACGGUUACGGAAACAGCCGAGAGGCUACGAACAAAAGAACAUUACAAGUUAUUUGUUGCCAUGGGAGAGCUAGAGAAAGAAAUGACGGACAUAAAAAAUGAACUAGAGAAAAAUAUUGCGGACAUUGAAGAGACGUCGGACAAUUUGACUGAGGAAGCAGAAGCGAUGUAUACAAAUUUACAAAAGCAUAUCGAAAAAAUAAAAAAUGAAUAUCUCAGAAAGCUCUCCGAAAAAUCCAAGGAGUGCAGAGGAAAAUUGCAAGAAAAUGCAGAUUCCCUUGGUGACAAAUUUUCUUAUCUGAAACGAUGUAAAAAAUCGUUCAACUCUAUGAAAGAGGAGAGAGAUGAUGUUCAGUUCGUCCGCGAAUUUUAUGAAAUCAGCAAAAAAUAUUCAACAUUAAAAGAUUUGUAUUUAAAAAACAAGACUUGUCUAAGAUUGAUGAAAGUGACAUCUAAUUUUGAUUCAAAGUGCUUUGAAGGCAUGGACUACCUGGGCAAUGUAAAUGUUGAAAUAAUAAAAACAUUUCAUACAGAAGAAAAUCGCAUGCCCACACCAAGCAAGUUACAUUAUGCAUAUCUCAUGAGAACACGCAAAAGUUAUAAUACAUAAGAUGUAAUGUAGCGACAUGGAACUUUUUGAUAGAUGACAUUGACAUUUUAAAUGUAAUCUACGAAGGAAAUGCUGUUUUAUUAAUAAUUAAUUAAUGUUUCCAGAAAUAGCAAUACAUGUAUGUGUGACAUCGUGUCGUUCAGAACCACUCGGGUUGUUGAUAAAUCAUAAAACGUUUUGAAAUGAAAUUACCAAUAUUACUGUUGAUUUUCUUAAACAAUAAAAUGCUUUCUUUGGUGAUCCAUGUGGGAUAUGAAGGUGGCAAAAUUGCAGAAAAAAUACAUAACUUGCGUUUGCCGGUAAUGACAUUUUUUUCUGCAAUGAUCGCCACUUUCAGAAACAGCAUGUAUCAUCAAUGAAGGCAUUUUAUUGUUUAUGUUUGACGAAUUUAUAAAACGAUUGUAAAAAGUAAGUAAAAUUCACUUAACUAUUGUUCAUAAACAAUCGAUGAAAGGGCCGUGUAUAUUUCAGUCUGGCUGUUUUUAUAGAGCCGUGAAUUAUAUAAUGAUAUAAUAAUAUAUAUAAAACGUUAAUUUCCGUAAGAAAUAGUGGGAAUCAUACUCAGUAGAUGUAAAUAUAUAAUUCAAAUGAUCAACAUGUUUUACUUUGAAAAGUAGUUAUGAAUGUGAAUACCAUGAUUUAAAAAAAAAAAAAAAUUGCGACUUUUUGAAAAAAUC